UGUUUCUGAUCAAAAUGCCACAUGGAAAUGUAGAUGACAACAAUAACAAUCCAAAUGAACUUGAUUACAUGAACAACCAUGAUAAUAGAGCUGAAAAUGAUGCUAAUGAUGGAUAUGAAACACCACAUGACUAUGCGACAAUAGAUGAAACUCAACCAGAAGAGGGUCUCAUAGCAGUUAAUCUGAACAAUCAAAACAAUGCAUACUCUUAUGUCAGAAAUGGAAGCUUGCAGAAUAGAAUUCCAAAUGGAAUCAAAAAUUCAUUUCUGACAAGGAAAUCCAAGAUGGCUGCAGUGACCUGCAUUCUUGUCAUAAUAACUGCAGUUGUACUUGUACUGUUGCUUCGGACACUUGAAACAGGAGCAAAUAAUGAAACUACGCAAACCACAAUCAAGGAGGCUAAUGGGACCUUAGAGGAUUGUCUGAACACAAUAAACAGUACAGAAACUGAUAGUAAAGAGGAAGAGGUCACAUACACAACAGAAAACAUUUUUGACUGUUUAACAACGAUAAGUGGGACUUCAAGAAGUGAGAAAGGCAACUACACUUCAAAUGGGACAUUGGAUGAUUUCUGCACUGACUUUGGACACCUUUUACCAAAAACAUGUACCUAAAUUAUUAUAAUAUUACAUUUUGUUUUUCUAAAGACUACUACUAGACCAUUAUUGCAUUAAAGAGUGUAAAUAUUACCCCAAGGAAAAAUAUUAACUUUACUGUCCUUUUAUUCAAAGGAGUCAUUUAAAUCUUGCCA